ACCCACUUCCAGAGGAGGCUACCAAAUGCAUCUCUGAAUGAGUCGCUGGCCUCCCAGUCACCCCAGGCUAGAAAUGCAUAUUUUUGCACUGAGAGUGAGUUAGGAUACUUCUGUUACCUCUGCUGUAAAACAACUGGCAGAACUCCUCCUCCUCCAAGGAAGCUAAUCCCCCGCAUCUCUGCACGAUGCCUGCUCUCCUUUCACUCGCCUCAGCAACUCACUUGCCCGGCAACGACGGAUACUCUGCGCGGUUUUGUAUUUGGAAACGGAACCCUUCCUCUCCCGGCACCUGCCCAGGCCUCUUGCAACAUGUGGGAAAGCGGAGAGGAAGCCGCGGGAUCUCGGGCUUGCUGAGCUGGUGGCGUCUCUGCCGCGCCUCGCCUCGCCUCGCCGCCUCCUUCCUGCUCCAUUCCCCGGGAGAGGAGGAGGAGGAGGAUCCUGGUCGCUGCCAUGGCUGGCCCCGGGAGGCUCUGCGGGGUCUUGUACAGCUUUCUCUUCGAGUACGACACGCCUCGGAUCGUGACGAUCAAGAGCCGCAAAGUGGGGCUGAUGAACCGGCUGGUCCAGCUGGCCAUCUUGGCUUAUGUGAUCGGGUGGGUGUUUGUGUGGGAAAAGGGCUAUCAAGAAACAGACUCCGUGGUGAGUUCGGUAACGGCAAAAGUGAAGGGAAUCACCAUGACGAACACUUCGGAGUUGGGCCCCCGAAUUUGGGAUGUGGCGGACUAUGUGAUUCCACCUCAGGCUGAGAACUCUGUAUUCAUCAUGACAAACAUGAUAAUCACACUGAAUCAGACGCAAAGACGCUGCCCAGAGCUUCCAGAUAAGAACACAAUAUGUCAGUCCGACAAGGACUGCAGAAAAGGAUAUGUUGGCACUCACAGCAAUGGUGUCCAGACUGGAAAAUGCAUAGUUUACAAUAACUCCAAACCUCUUAUCAAAACCUGUGAGAUCUUUGCCUGGUGUCCAGUGGAGCAUGAUGAGAAUAUACCCAGGCCGGCUUUCCUGCAGGAUGCUGCAAAUUUCACCCUCCUUGUGAAGAACAACAUCUGGUAUCCAAAGUUCAACUUCACUAAACGAAACAUUCUCCCCACCAUCAACCAAACGUACCUCAAGAGCUGCUUCUACAAUGCCAAAACAGACCCCUUUUGCCCCAUCUUCCGCCUGCGUGAGAUGGUUGAAGCUGCUGCGCAGGAUUUCCAGGAGAUGGCUGUCGAGGGUGGAGUCAUGGGGCUGCAAAUCAACUGGAACUGCAACUUGGACAGGGCUGCGUCUCACUGCGUGCCAAAAUACAGCUUCCGCCGGAUCGACAACAAGGAUUCUGCCCACACCGUUGCCCCGGGAUACAACUUCAGGUUUGCAAAGUACUACCAGACCGCUGGUGCAGAGUCCCGGACACUCAUCAAGGCCUACGGCAUCCGUUUUGACAUUAUGGUGUUUGGAAAGGCAGGAAAAUUCGAUAUCAUUCCUACGAUGAUCAACAUUGGGUCUGGCCUAGCUCUGUUAGGUGUGGCAACCGUCCUCUGUGAUGUGAUUGUCCUGUAUUUCAUGAAGAAAAGAUAUUAUUAUAGAGAGAAGAAAUACAAAUAUGUUGAAGAUUAUGAACUGGGAACCAACACACCAUAUGGAUCUCAGUCGGAAACGCAGAACUACUCUGGUGACCAAUGACCCUCCAAAGUGGAGAUGGUCCUCCUACUUUUCCACACAGACUGUGAAUACACCUUGUCUCUCUUCGGAAUUGUCUGAGAUGCCUUAUCAUUCUAACAUGGGCUGGGGCCAGGGGGAGAAGGAAACAAAUUUAAAUUAUCUCUAUAUUACUGCUGUUACGGGCUCUGUUCAGUCUUGGUUCUAAGCCCAAAGGACCUCCUGCAUUAAAGAGAAUGUAAACAUAGGGACAUUUUAAAUACAUCAGCACUUUCUGUGAAAGUUGUUUUGGAUGUUUGGAUCUGCAAAACCCUGCAUGUCCUGAAGGCCCUCUGAGUUGUGGCCUUGGAAAUUCAAAUUGUCCCCGGUCUCCUGUGUGUUUCCCCACUCCACGUGGCAGCAAUAGAGGAUUUUAGUGGACUGUGGGAAGGAAACCCUCCAUACCUUCCUCCAGAAUUGCCCAACUCCCUUCCGGACAGGCCUGCUUCUUUUCUGACACAUUUAAUCACACUCCUUUGCAGCUGUGUUGAACAUGAUGGUUCAGCUCCUUCGAGGUCUGUUUUUAUUUUGCUAAGUGCUCUGCAUCCUUCGCAGCCUGGCUGGGCACAGGUCUAGCACAAAGCAGCCUUAUUUUCGUAGGUGUUGCCUUGUGGAUAUUGCCAAUGGCAGGUACCUUUUCACCUCUGCCACAGGAAACCAGCCCAGCCUUCCAAAACCUUGAACAUUUGGUCAGAACUACAAAUCCCAGAGUACUCGGCAACAGGGAAGCAGCCAUGGAACUUAAACUAGCUUUGCCUGAGAAUUACUUCUGGGUUCCCCCCACCCAAUUUCUUCCACUCCCAUUUACACACAGGAGCCAGAAAAACGUGGGGCAGGGGCCGGGUGGUUUGAUUUUGCACAGAAAAUAAAGUUGUGGAACUUGA